AUGCCGCCGUGGUGGAACUUUCCGACGCCACAGCCAAUGUAUACCCAAGCGCCAACGGAGCCUGUGCACAACAGAGAAAAUGCGGUCAGACCCCGGUUGACUCCUUUAGAAAACUCCGGUCCAGGAACAGGUCCUGCCCCGGGUGUGAACAUCCCACCUACACAGCCAGUGAAUGUAGAAGAUGACGAGUUAACCAAGCCGUACAAGCCAGUGGAUGCAACAUUCCGAUCCAAAUUCACGCGUAGGAUCGCUGAAGCCCCUAUCAAAGAAAAACCGAAGAUGCCCCAAACCGUCGGCAAGUACGAUGGCCUCACUGACCCGGAUGAUCAUCUUAAUUUAUUUAAGAGCGCGGGUGAAGUGGCUUGUUGGCCCAUGCCCCUAUGGUGCAAAAUGUUCGUACAAACUUUAGUGGGAGCAGCACGAGUAUGGUGGGACAGCUUACCCACGGGUGAGAUAGACAGUUUUGAAGAUUUGGAAUCAAAGUUCAUCCUACAGUUCAGUCAACAGCGCCGACAUACAAAAGAUAGGAACGAACUACUCCAUAUCCGUCGUCGAGACAAUGAGACGGUGGAAAAUUUCAUCAUCAGAUUCAACAAAGAAAGCCUGGCGAUACCAGGUGUCACCAACGAUUUGGCAUGUGGAGCUUUCCUCCAAGGGGUCAAUGAUGAUGAGUUACUGAGAACAUUGCACGGAAGGGAUGGGGUACCCCCGACCAUAGACGAGAUACUCCGGAUCGCCAAAGUAUACGUUAUACAGGAGAAAGCGGUAGCGGCCAGCCACGCGGCCAACAGAAAGAAAGAAGCCCAGAAGAACCAGGAGGAAAAAGAUAGUCGGGGGUCCAAGAGUAAGCACAAGGGAGACCGAUACCAGCGAAACGACAAAGACUCGCGGUAUGAUAGACACCGGAGCUCCUACUCAAGGAAUGAGACGUCAAAACCUCGGUCCGAAUAUCCCAAUUUGAGCAAGACCCCGGCAGAAAUUCUUGCCUCAGAAAACCUCAGGCUCAAUCCACCAAAACCGCUAAAAGAUAACCCGAACAAAGAUACGAGCAAAUACUGCGAGUAUCACAAGGGGAGCGGGCACGACACUAACGAUUGUUUCCAGCUUAAGAAACAGAUCGAAUAUUUCGUGAAGUCAGGAAAAUUGGCACACCUAGUGCGAGACAUAAAGCAGGGCCCGCCCGUGGUUAAGGAGGAAAGCGAUAAGGCGGCAGGAAAAAGGCCGCGCGAGUUGAACAUGGUUCAUGCCGGUACAAGAAAAGGGGCGAAGCGGAGCUUCUCCACACUCGAACCUUGGAUGUUGGCAACUAUGACAAUUGAACCACGAAUGGAAGAUUUACAUCUUACCACGGACGCCCUGAUCAUUUCGGCGGCGGUAGGAGAUUACCGUAUGAGGCGAAUCCUGGUCGACACCGGAAGCUCGAAGGAUAUCAUCUACGAGCAUUGUUUUGAUAGAAUGCAACCAGAGGAUAAAAAGCUGCUCGAAUCAGUACAUGCUCCUAUUAAGGGUUUCACAGGAGAGAAGGUGGAUCCUAUCGGUCAAAUCACCUUCCCGGUAACUUUCGGGCAAGCACCCAAAGAAAGAACGAUACUACUUACCUUCCUCGUGGUCCGCGCCGAAUCGUACCACAAUGUGAUCAUCGGAAGGUUCACCUUGGGAAAGUUAGAUGCCAUAGUCUCCACGGCGAGAGGUUUUAUGAAGUUUCCAACACCGCAAGGUAUCGCUACCGUAUUUCGCGAUAGAAUUGGAGAGAUAUUGGAUACCAAACGAUGUCGCCAAGGGCCCGCGGGGGCCACAGGACCAGAAAGGUGGGUACUGAGCACACGCCACCCGGACCAAAUGGUCACCAUCGGCGACACUCUGUCCCCAGAAGUAAAGAGCGAUUUGAAACAAUUGCUAAAAAGAAACGCAGACAUUUUUCGCUUUCGAGCACGCCGAUAUGACGGGAGUCCCUCGCGAUAA